CCACAAAAUAAAAGCUGGUUUGACAAUAGCUGGCUUGCUCGGCUCGUUUCUCUUGCUUCAUUUCGCAGUAUCUAUUGUGGUUAGGGUUUACAGGGUUUAACUAUGCCUCUGUAGGUUCUUCUCUUCUUGCUCACUCUGUUUGCAUUAGGGCUGUCCACUGUUACUUUCGGUCUCUCAAGCCCUAGGGUUUUUCAAAGUUCAUCCUUCUGAUUUUCAGUUCUAGGGUUUACGAUGUACCUUUACAGCCUCACUCUUCAACAAGCUACGGGUGUAGUUUGCGCCAUCAAUGGAAGCUUCUCUGGUGGAAAAUCCCAAGAAAUCGUCGUGGCCAGGGGCAAAGUUCUCGAUCUUCUCCGACCCGACGAGAACGGUAAGAUACAAACACUUCUCUCCGUUGAAAUCUUCGGCGCGAUUAGGUCUUUAGCUCAGUUUAGAUUAACGGGUGCCCAGAAGGACUACAUUGUGGUUGGGUCCGAUUCGGGCCGAAUUGUGAUCCUUGAAUAUAACAAGGAAAAGAAUUUUUUUGAUAAAAUUCAUCAGGAGACGUUUGGGAAGUCGGGCUGUCGCCGAAUUGUUCCAGGGCAGUACUUGGCGAUUGACCCUAAGGGUAGGGCUGUCAUGAUUGGGGCUUGUGAGAAGCAAAAGCUUGUUUACGUACUGAAUAGGGAUACGGCAGCAAGGCUGACGAUCUCGUCUCCUUUGGAGGCGCACAAGUCGCAUACAAUUAGUUAUUCGAUUUGUGGGGUGGAUUGUGGGUUUGAUAACCCGAUAUUUGCUGCCAUUGAGUUGGAUUAUUCGGAGGCUGAUCAGGAUUCAACUGGUCUGGCAGCUGCAGAGGCUCAGAAACACCUGACUUUUUAUGAGCUUGAUCUUGGGCUUAAUCAUGUGUCUAGGAAGUGGUCUGAACAGGUUGAUAAUGGGGCUAAUAUGCUUGUGACUGUUCCUGGUGGUGGAGAUGGGCCUAGUGGAGUGCUUGUUUGUGCUGAAAAUUUUGUGAUAUAUAAGAACCAGGGUCACCCUGAUGUCCGUGCUGUUAUUCCAAGGCGAGCAGAUUUACCUGCUGAACGUGGGGUUCUUAUAGUUUCAGCUGCUAUGCACAAGCAAAAAUCCAUGUUCUUCUUUCUUUUGCAAACUGAAUAUGGAGAUAUCUUCAAGGUUACGUUGGAUCAUGACAAUGACCGAGUCAAGGAGUUGAAGAUUAAGUACUUCGAUACAAUUCCUGUGACGUCUUCAUUGUGUGUUUUGAAGUCAGGGUUCCUCUUUGCUGCAUCAGAGUUUGGGAACCAUGCUUUAUAUCAAUUUCAGGCAAUAGGGGAUGAACCUGAUGUAGAGUCUUCUUCAGCUACACUGAUGGAAACUGAAGAAGGUUUCCAGCCUUUAUUUUUCCAGCCUAGAAGACUUAAGAACCUGGUUAGGAUUGACCAAGUUGAGAGUUUGAUGCCAAUUAUGGACAUGAAAGUUAUAAAUCUUUUUGAGGAAGAAACUCCUCAGAUAUUUGCACUUUGUGGGAGGGGGCCUCGCUCGUCACUAAGGAUACUGAGGCCAGGUUUGGCUAUUAGUGAAAUGGCUGUGUCGCAGCUUCCUGGUGUCCCAAGUGCUGUUUGGACAGUCAAGAAGAAUGUCAAUGAUGAGUUUGAUGCUUACAUCGUUGUCUCAUUUGCAAAUGCAACUCUUGUCCUUUCAAUUGGUGAGACAGUUGAAGAAGUUAGUGAUAGUGGAUUCCUUGACACUACCCCCUCGCUUGCUGUUUCUUUGAUAGGUGAUGAUUCUCUGAUGCAGGUUCACCCUAGUGGUAUUAGACAUAUAAGGGAAGAUGGGCGUAUUAAUGAAUGGAGAACUCCUGGAAAGAGGACAAUAGUUAAGGUUGGGUCUAACAGACUUCAAGUGGUUAUCGCACUGAGUGGUGGGGAGCUUAUAUAUUUUGAGGUGGACAUGACUGGCCAGCUGAUGGAGGUUGAGAAGCAUGAAAUGUCUGGGGAUGUGGCGUGUUUGGACAUUGCACCUGUACCUGAAGGGCGGCAGAGGUCCCGUUUCCUUGCAGUCGGAUCAUAUGACAACUGCAUUCGUAUAUUGUCUCUGGAUCCUGAUGAUUGUAUGCAGGUCUUAAGUUUACAAAGUGUCUCUUCCCCUCCAGAGUCUCUCCUUUUUCUUGAAGUUCAGGCUUCUGUUGGUGGGGAGGAUGGUGCAGAUCACCCUGCCAGCCUUUUCCUUAAUGCUGGUUUACAGAAUGGGGUUUUAUUUAGAACGGUGGUGGACAUGGUGACGGGUCAGCUUUCGGAUGCCCGCUCUCGAUUCUUAGGACUGAGAGCCCCAAAGCUUUUCUCUGUCAUUGUAAGAGGACGGCGAGCUAUGCUUUGCUUGUCAAGUAGACCCUGGCUGGGUUACAUCCAUCAAGGUCAUUUCCUUCUAACACCACUUUCAUAUGAAACCCUUGAAUAUGCAGCGUCAUUUUCAUCUGAUCAGUGUGCGGAAGGUGUAGUUGCUGUUGCUGGGGAUGCAUUACGGGUAUUUACUAUUGAGAGAUUGGGGGAGACAUUUAAUGAAAAUGCAAUUCCUCUGAGGUACACCCCGAGAAAGUUCGUCCUUCAACCAAAGCGGAAGCUUUUGGUAAUUAUUGAGAGCGAUCAAGGAGCAUUUGCAGCUGAGGAGCGUGAAACUGCAAAAAAAGAAUGCUUUGAAGAUGCUGGAAUGGGGGAAAAUGGAAAGAUGGAAAUGGAGAAUGGUGGGGAUGAUGAGGAUAAGGAAGAUCCGCUUUCGGAUGAGCAAUAUGGUUAUCCAAAGGCAGAGUCAGAAAGGUGGGUUUCUUGCAUAAGAGUUCUUGACCCAAAGACAGCAAACACUACUUGUUUGCUGGAGCUUCAGGAUAAUGAAGCUGCAUUCAGCAUUUGCACUGUAAAUUUCCAUGAUAAGGAGUUUGGGACUCUUUUGGCAGUUGGUACAGCAAAGGGCCUGCAAUUUUGGCCCAAAAGAUCUCUUGUUGCUGGAUAUAUUCAUAUUUAUAGGUUUCUGGACGAUGGAAAAUCCCUUGAACUUCUGCAUAAGACACAAGUGGAUGGUGUUCCUCUUGCUUUGUCCCAAUUCCAGGGAAGGUUACUUGCUGGUAUUGGACCUGUGCUCAGAUUAUAUGAUUUGGGGAAAAGGAGGUUGCUUAGAAAAUGCGAGAAUAAAUUGUUCCCCAACACAAUCAUGUCUAUCCAUACCUACCGUGAUCGUAUUUAUGUAGGUGACAUUCAGGAGUCAUUCCACUAUUGCAAGUAUCGACGAGAUGAAAAUCAACUAUACAUAUUUGCUGAUGAUAGUGUUCCAAGAUGGCUUACUGCAGCAUAUCACAUCGAUUUUGACACCAUGGCUGGUGCAGACAAGUUUGGUAAUAUUUAUUUUGUGCGGUUACCGCAAGAUGUGUCAGAUGAGAUUGAAGAAGAUCCAACUGGUGGGAAGAUAAAGUGGGAACAGGGGAAGCUGAAUGGAGCCCCUAACAAGGUAGAGGAAAUAGUGCAGUUCCACAUUGGUGAUGUGGUCAGUUGCUUGCAAAAGGCAUCUCUAAUGCCAGGUGGUGGAGAAUGUGUCAUUUAUGGGACUGUGAUGGGAAGUUUGGGUGCAUUGUUUGCUUUCUCUUCCCGUGAUGACGUUGAUUUUUUUUCUCAUUUGGAGAUGCAUAUGAGGCAAGAGCACCCGCCUUUGUGUGGAAGAGAUCACAUGGCUUAUAGAUCAGCCUAUUUUCCAGUUAAGGAUGUGAUCGAUGGAGAUUUGUGUGAGCAGUUCCCAACAUUGCCCAUGGAUUUGCAGCGGAAGAUUGCAGAGGAAUUGGAUAGAACUCCGGCUGAGAUUCUCAAAAAACUUGAAGAUAUUCGAAAUAAAAUCAUUUGAGAAGGGUGUUAGGUAUUUGCAUAUGCUGGAAUCUGACAUAAGAGGAUGAUCGGUUGGCUCAGAUGGAAUGCUCGAAAUUGCUUGAUUUGUCCGACAGAAAUGCAUUAUAAUGUGCCCAUCUCGUUUAUGGAAGACCUGGGAAGAAAGAAACUUUGUUGGAUUCAUUUAUCAAUUUUUGUUUUUUUUGUAUCAAAGUAAUAGUGGCUGGCAGAUUGUAGUGGUUGGUCUGUGAAUUAAUGAAUGUGUGUUUUUUGUUGUACAAGUAGGAUUUGAUUGUAAAAGUAAAUUAGUCUC